CUCAACUCACCUCCCCUAAAUCUAAUCCCCUGCUGCUCCCUAGUCAUCAGUUCAGUUGAGUCGUGAGCAGUGGGUGAAACAAUGGAUCCACAUCCAUCCCCGUUCUCGUACUUCGUGACUCUGCUCUAUCUUCUCCUCUUCUCCGCAACCCUCACCUCCUCUCUCUCACCUCCCAUUUCCCCUACCAAAUCACCUUCAGCUCCAUCGCCAUUGCCCUCUGCGUCUUCUUCUUCUCCAUCUUCAUCUAGUACCCUUGAUCCGAAGCAGUUGAGAGCCCUCCAAUCUCUCAACAUUCCAACCUCCAAGGACCCAUGUGCUCAGCCCUCCUUCCACAAUGCCACUCUCUGCGACUCCUCCAAGCCGUUCCGCCACCUCCUCUCUCUCCGCCUUGUCAACUGCUCAGACGACGUCGCCUUGUCCAGCACGGCCCUCAAGUCCCUCUCCACUCUGCAGGACUUGGAGUUCAUCAACUGCCCCGUUGCCGCCGUCCACUUUCCCUCCGAUCUCCUCUCCAGCCUCCGCUCCCUCACCUGCAUCAGAAGCCUCCGGCGGCUCACCGGCGUUUGGCUCUCGCGCUUUCAGAAUCUCACUGAUCUCACUGUCUCCAACGUCCAGGUCAAUGCUAGUGGUCCUUUCGUCAUUCUUAACAGCAUGAAGAAGCUCAGGUCAGUCACUAUUUCGCACACCAACCUUACUGGGUAUCUCCCCAAACACUGGCAUUUGAACAUUACCCACAUUGAUCUUUCCGGCAAUCAGCUCAUAGGAAAGAUACCUAGUGCCGUAACUCUGCUAGAAAACCUUCAGUUGUUGAAUCUUUCCUCCAAUUCCCUUACCGGUGAAAUCCCCUCUACAUUGGGGGACUUGUUAUCGCUUCAAAACAUGUCCUUGGCGUCAAAUUCCUUGUCUGGACCCAUCCCUGAAUCCAUGGCUGCAAUGCCCUCUUUGGUUCACAUUGAUCUGAGCUUCAAUCAGUUUAAUGGGACGAUCCCAGAUUACAUCACGAAGAUGAAGGGAUUGAAGUAUUUGAAUCUCGAGAACAAUAACUUCAAUGGGGUAAUGCCAUUCAAUGUAUCAUUCAUAAAGAAACUGGUUGUGUUCAAGGUGAGUGGGAACAACAAUCUAUGUUACAAUCAUUCUCUCAUAUCAUCCAAGAUGAAGCUUGGGAUUGCUCCAUGUGAUAAGCAUGGAUUGCCGAUUUCACCUCCCCCUGCCAAAUCGGAUUCUUCAGCAGAUGAAAGUGGAAGCAGCGAUGAUUCCGAUUAUGAUGACAGUGAAGACGAUUCUAGCCACAAAGAGGGACAUCAUCAUGGACCAAAUAAGGUAGUUCUCGGAGUGGCAAUUGGGCUUUCAUCUAUAGUCUUUCUCAUCGUUUUCUUAAUUCUUCUCUCAAAAUGGUGUGGAUGAAGAAAAGAGUUGUAGGUUGAUUUAGCUUAGAGAAAAAUGGUGGUUAGGUAUGAGUUAUGUUCAAUUUAUUAUACAUAAGAAGAGUAGUGAGAGAUAUCAUUGAAUUGGUGUGAUUCUUUUUACUGCUAUGAUCAUUUUGGUGGGGAAGACAACAGUGGUUUCCAUUUUCUGGUAGUGGGUGUGUAUGAUUAGAAGCCAUAGAGGGGAAAAGUGGUUGAUUGUGUUCCCCUGAAAUAUGUAUUUUUUUCUUGAGCUACAAGGCUUUCCUUUUUUUAACACCA